AUGGAUGACCAGGAAAUGAAAAAACUCAUACAAAAGAUUACAAAUAACUUCCAAGAAUACUCAAACAACCGUAAACGCGUAGCCCGAAUUGACAUGUCACCAUUCUUCGCACCUACCUCAUGCACCUCAUUGGAGAACUCAGUCGUAUGGAUCAGUAGUUGUAGACCGUCUUCUUUCAUACCUUUCAUCUACGCCCUCUGCAGCAUCGAAAUUGAGUCUCAUCUCACUGAGUUCUUUCAAGGGACCAAAAUAGGCAAACUCGCCGAGCUAACGGCAAAACAAAUAACCAUGGUCGACGAGUUGCAAGGCAAGACAAUUAAAAAAGAGAGGAAGCUCUGUUCGAGAUUGGCUAGCUUGCAAGCAAAGAUAGUUGACCAGCCUCUCGCUAGCAAGCUGAAGAGAGAUAAUGGGGAUGAGGGAGAGGACUGCGGGAAUAUAGAUGAACUUUUAGAUGAACAUAGCCAUGAAAUGGCAACUAUUGUGGAAGAAGCUGAUGACUUGUGA